AGCUCUCCCAAUUCGAUUAAAAAAAAAUUGGUCCCCGAUUCCUUUUCUUUCCAAAAUCGAGUUCUUUCUUUUCUCCGCUCUCCAGCAAGAACCCUAACAUCACCACGCGCACAGGAGACCCCAAUCCUCUGAUUUCUUCUCGAACCUUUGCAGCUUGAGACCUAGAUCUUUGCUUGCUCUGCUUCGACCCUCGUCCAGUCUACCUGCAACUCCGAUGAACUCACUAUCGCCGCCCAGAUCUCCUUCUUCCGUCUGGAGGUCUGACCUUCGCGGAAUCGUGGUUCUGCCAGUAUUUACAGUCUCCCUGGUUCCGCAUCUGUCUACUCUCGUCCGCUGGAUGGGAAAACUCCACCGAUUGUACCAGUUGUUAUUUCGCCAUAUGGAUUAUUUCCGUCACUCCAUAUUGAACCUUUUUUUAAUCACUAGUACCCCAAACCGUUACAAAAGCAAGCAUGAACUCUUCCUCGACUCGGUUCGUGACUUCGGGAGGGAUGGGGAUGUGGGGAGAAAGUUUCAAGAGCAAUGGAAGUCCUCAUCCACUGUCAUCAACGCUUAUACCGAAUACAUCUUCGUCGUUGAUUAUAACAGCAGAUAUGAAGCUAGACAAUCAGUCAUAAGAUACUUCCGGGACCCCUGGACCGCUUAA